CAGCUGUGCAAUCUCAAGUGAAACACGAUAAGACGUCUUUGGCGCAAGAUAUGUCGACUUGAAGCUUAAACCUUGAGUAAACAUCAACCCUUGCCACUGCCUCAGAUUCAACAGAGCCAAGUGCCAAAGUCGUCAGAACCCCCACUGCUGACGAAGGUCUUGGGUGCAUUCAGCAAGCGACACUCUUUGAGCUGCAUUAAAAGGCUUGUGCGACACUGCGCUCAUCAAGUGCAUCUAUCUAAGUUGGCAAUGGCCACAAUGUCCAAGAUCUUGUCAAAGGUCUCGAGACAAGCUCUUGCUCUCCUGCUUCUCAGCCAAGCCGCCUCAAGCGCAACGAUAUCAAGAGAAGAUAGCUUGGGAGCUGUAGCUAGCGAGAGUAGGAUAUGCAGUGAGAUCGGGAUUGGAUUACUGCAGAGAGGGGGAAAUGCUGCAGAUGCGCUGGUUGGAACGACGCUGUGUGUGGGUGUGAUUGGAAUGCAACAUAGUGGUAUGGGAGGAGGAGGAUUCAUGCUUGUUCGUGGGGCAGAUGGAUCAUAUGAGUCGAUAGAUUUCAGGGAAACGGCUCCAGCGGCUGCUUUCCAAGAUAUGUACAAAGACAACCCGGCGGCGAGUGUGAUUAGUGGAUUGGCGAGCGGUAUACCCGGUGAUCUUCGAGGUUUAGAAUAUUUGCACAACAAAUAUGGUGCCUUGCCAUGGAGAGCAGUAUGUAAUCCAGCAGUCCACAUUGCUCAGUACGGUUUCCCAGUGACCGAGGAUCUGGUUCGUUAUAUGUAUGAAGCCACUAAAGAUGGCAAUACAUUCUUGACAGAUGAUCCUCAAUGGGCGGUAGACUUUGCACCGAACGGAACACUUCUUGGACUGGGAGAGACGCUCACAAGGAAAAGAUAUGCAAAUACACUAGAAGUAGUAGCUAAAUAUGGUGCAAAAGCAUUCUAUGAAGGGGAAAUUGCCCAAUACACCAUCAAUGCUCUCCAAGCCGCCAACGGCACAAUGACCAUGGCAGACCUCGCAAACUACCGGGUCUCCAUCCGUGACCCCAUCUCAAUAACCUACAAAGGCUACAACCUCUACUCCUGCGGCGUCCCCAGUGGUGGAUCUGUCGCACUCAGCAUCCUCAAGAUCAUCGAAGGCUACCCUUCACCCUCCGAUCUCAACCUCAGUACUCACCGCAUCGACGAAGCCAUGCGCUUCUCAUACGCUGCGCGUGGUGAGCUCGGGGAUCCAGAUUUCUUCAAUUAUAUGACUGCGUAUGAAGCAGAUAUGUUGAGGCCGAAGACGGCGGAGAAGAUUCGAGGGAAGAUUGAUGAUGAGAGGACGAAGAAUGUUACGGAUUACAAUCCAAAGGGGUAUUCGGUGCCUGAGAAUCAUGGGACGUCGCAUAUUGUGACUUCGGAUAGGUCAGGGCUUUCUAUUACCUUGACAUCAACGGUGAACCUCCUUUUCGGGUCACAGCUGGUGGUUCCAGAGACUGGCGUAAUAAUGAAUAACGAAAUGAACGACUUCUCCAUCCCCGGCAUCCCCAACGCAUUCGGCUUCGUCCCCUCACCAAUAAACUACAUCGCACCCAACAAGCGGCCACUCUCAUCCGUAACACCCAUAAUCGUCACUCACCCAAACGGCACACUCUACCUAACCAUCGGAGCCGCAGGCGGCUCUCGCAUCAUCACUUCUACCGUUCUCGCAAUAUGGCAUGUCUUGGAGCAUAACAUGACGUUACCUGAGGCGAUAAGAGAGCCGACGAUGCAUGAUCAGCUUAUUCCUGCGGUGACGACGUUUGAGUACUUGUUUGAUAAUAGGACGGUGGAGAGUAUGCGGGAGAGGGGACAUAAUGUUACGUGGGUGAAGCCCGGGUAUUCUGCUGUGCAGGGAGUGAGGAGGUUGUGGAAUGGGACGUUUGAGGCGGCGAGUGAGCCGAGGCAGUUGAACAGUGGUGGGCUGGCUGUGUAGACAUACUUACCUAGAUAGGGGAUUACCAUAGAAUGUAAAUAUGAAUGUCACAGUACGAAUUUAGAGCUUUGGAGUGGA